AUGGAUUCACACAUGGAUCAUACAGAGAUUCCGGUGAUUGAAACCAACGAGCCGCUAUUCGAUGUUCUUCCCAAGCUGUACAACUUCAUUAGCAUGGCCGUGGGUGAUAUGGCAUACACGUUUGAGCAAAUGCUGUAUGGAUCCCAAGGACACCGUCUUAGACAGCUGGUCCAUGCUUUGGCAGAUGAUACCCACAAUCCCUUCAUCAUUGUCGCGUUGAUGAUUCUGAAAUGGGACUUCACCACUGCCACCGAGGAUGAUUGGGGACUCAAUGAGAGCCGUGGUGCAGCCUGCGAAUUUGUUGCCUGGCAAUUCCUGUGUCACCUGAACCAGCGCGAGACAAUUGAGUUUCUGUUGGAAGAGCUACCAACACCGCGGCGCGGUUCGACAAAUAUCAUUGAACCCGAAGCAGGUAACCCUGGCCUGGCAUCUAUCCAAGGUGAUACAAGCCAGGCGGAAAGUGAGACCACCCCUCUCUUGCCAAACUCCUCUUCUUUUUAUCGUCUUUUUGGCGGCAAGAGAACCACAGAAACUCAGUUAUCUGGAACCUCGCAGGAUACACACCAAGAUGAGGGAACCUAUGCCGCCCAGAGAUAUUCCCGAUUUUUUGGAUUGAAUGCACUGGAGAUUGCAACGAUUGCCCAUGCAAAGAGAUUCCUGAGCCAACGAGUUGUUCAAAGAGUGGUCGACGGCAUUUGGAAGGGUGAAAUCGUUUUCUGGGAUUCUCUGACGGUCAAUUCAACUAAGAAACCUCAUAUUUUCAACACAAGAACGGCUGAUCCAUAUUCACGCCUGAGAGUACCUCUGUACCGGAAAAUUUUUGAAGCAGCGUUCUUCAUCUCUUUCCUCUUUCUCUACUACGCAGUCCUGGUAGAGAGGAGACAAGAGGCCGUUGGCAUCUUCGAGGCGGUAAUGUAUGUGUGGAUCGUUGCUUUUGCAUACGAUGAGUUGAGCGGAAUCAUUGAUGCUGGAGUCAUUUUCUACCAAAUGGAUUUCUGGAGUCUCUGGAACCUGAGCAUAAUUGGUGUUGGGAUGGCAUUUGUAAUAACAAGUGAGUCAUUGAUCGCUCAAUCUGCCUUGCGGCUCGUUGCUAGCAGGUCAUCUGUGUGGUGCGACUAA